GUUCGUUACCUGAAGCGAAGCUCAGUGUCUUUAGGCGUACUAGACAAAUCGGUUCAUUUACUCUGGGGCUUAUUAAAAAUGCGGAACGAGCUUCGCCUCGACCGCGUUUCCGGUUUCGCAAAAUCGAUCUUUCUCGGAUGUCUUUUAUUGUCGUUGGCGAGUCGGAUUUCCGCUCAGAGCGGAAAGGAAACUUUCGAAAGUGUAUUCGGAUUGGACGGAGGUAAAUCCGUGGGCAACAGCGAACAGCUUCACGGGGAAAUCGAUUCGAAUGUCGGCGAUGCAUCGGCGAAGAAGACACCGGAAGAAUUAGAGGACCUGACCGACGAUGGGAACGCUUUCGGGGAGAUCGACGAAGGGAAAGGGGAUGAAACUCCAAAUGUCGGCGACGUUGUGGAACCAAAGGAACAAAUCACGUAUUCUGAAGGUAUUUCCGGUAGAGCGAUCGGAGAAAAAAGCGGAAAGUAUGUGAGAUACGAUUCGGAUUCACCGGAAGCGGACAGGUACGCGCCCCGCUCGUCAGAUUCAGUUAUCGAUUACCACAUAACUGAUGCGCGACUAAACCAAAUCCGUUCGAAGUUCAUGUACUGGUACUUCGACAAAGGCGGCGAUAACAAUGAGGGCGAUUACCAAAAAGAAAUUCAAUCGUCAACACCUCAGACACACAAGAACUUCAACUUCCAACUGCCCUUCUUCGGGUUCAGAUUCAAUUACACCAGAGUGUCUAUGAAUGGUUUCCUAGAGUUCAGCGAUCCUCCCGUGCACUACACUUACCCCCUGGUAUUCCCCGUGAAAGAUUGGCCGAAGAAGAAUGAUCCUAGUUUUAUAGGAAUAUUCUUCAGCAAAUGCCGAAUAGGUGAAAUAAGGCGGGACGAUAUAGACCAAAGACAACCGGGUGUCUACUUUAGACUCGAGAGAGAUCUACAAACGAGGAAGGACCAGUUCGGUGUCGAGAUGCGGGAGCGUUUGAAGUGGGACAUCCGCCAGGGGAUAGUCGGUUCCGAGUCGUUCGAUCCUAAACACGCUGUUAUAGUCACGUGGAAGAACAUGUCAUUCGCCGGUGGCAUCGAUAAUUCCCUUUACAAGACGAACACUUUCCAGAUGGUUCUGGCCACAGACGAAGUGACCACUUACGCAAUUUUCAACUACCUGAAUAUUCAGUGGACCAGUCACACGGAGGCUGGCGGCGACACCACCGGCGGGGAGGGUGGCGUUCCUGCUUUCGUCGGCUUCAAUGCUGGCAAUGGAACCCAAAGCUACGAAUACAAGCCCUACUCCCAAAUGUCGACUAUACGCGACUUAACGGGCAGAGGUUGGGCAAAUGGUUUCCCAGGGCGCCAUAUGUUCAGGAUAGACGAGAAGAUCAUGCUUGGGACAUGCAACAAAGAUAUCGCUGGAGCAAACUUGCCGUUAGUAUUUGCUCCCGAAAGCGGAAACAUGUUGGGCGGGACCAUUGUCAACAUCACUGGCCCUUGUUUCAAUCGGAACGAAAAGAUUCGAUGCAUGUUCGAGACUGUGAUGGUAAUAGGUACUGUGGUCGAUAGCAAUCGAGCCAUAUGCGUUCAGCCGUUUGUGAAGGCUCAGGGGUAUAUCCGGUUCGCGAUUAGCAUUGGAGACAGUAAAGUGUACAACUGGAAGGGCAAAUAUUUCAUCGAAACCCCAGCAACAGCAGCCGAAAAGAUCUUUGUUGCCAGUACCGUUCACGAACGUCAGCCUGCCGAGAUAAAAAUCACUUGGGACCAGUUCAACUUAACUAGCAAUACACAAGCUGGAGUACAAAUAGCCCUAUGGGGUUAUCGUGAAACAAAGACUACCCCCGAGUUUGAAUACAUCACUCUCCUAGAGGCCGCAUACCAAAACACUGGCUUCUACAACAUCGUUCCAGCUACAUACCGUGAUGCGUACCACCCUUACCAGCAGGACAUGACCUUCGGAUUUAUUCAAUUGAAUUUAACCAAUCCGAAGCAGCACUCCGAUCAAAACGUCACACCGACUCUAUGGAGUAGACCGAUUCCUCUAGCGUGGUACUUCGGGCCGAGCUGGGAACGAGAAAUGGGGGCAAAAUGGCCGCAGCGACUUUGCGACAAGUGGAUCAUGAACGACAGAUACUUGAAAAAUUUCGCCUCCGAGAUAUCCAUAUGUCCGUGCACGUUGAAACACGCGUUGACCGACAAAGGGCGUUUCCUUCCGGAUUAUGACUGCGACAAAGACUCGAAUUUGGACUGCCUCUACAACCAACACGCUCAUCACUGUGUGAGAACUGGAGCACCGAACAUGGACGGUUCUGAGCAACAAUGUUGCUACGACAAAUACGGGUUCCUGAUGUUGACCUAUGAUCAGCAAUGGGGUUCGAGGCCACAUCGGUCUCAUAAUUUGGGAUAUUACCCAUGGGAUGAAGCCAACAAGGUCCCAACCCUUUCUCACUGGUACCACGAUGUGAUUCCAAUCUAUCUGUGCUGUAUGUGGCAAGAAGAACACGCAGUGGGCUGCGAAACGUUCAGAUUCGAGAGACGUCCGACGCAAGAUUGCGUGGCUUAUCAAUCUCCCGGAGUAGCAACGGUGUUCGGGGAUCCCCAUAUCGUAACGUUCGACAAUUUAGAGUACACCUUCAACGGAAAGGGAGAGUUUGUUCUGCUGCGAGUGAACCAUGCGAAAGACAAGCUCGAUGUGCAAGGCAGGUUCGAGCAAUUGCCGAACAACAUACACGGCGAAGUUAAAGCUACCCAGUUGACCUCCAUUGCAGCAAGGGGCAACAACUCGGUUCCGAUAGAAGUUCGGCUGAGACCUAAACACGCUCAGUGGCGUUACCGACUAGACGUUUUCGCGGAUAAAAAGCGAGUGUACUUUGACAGACCAGCCCUGAAAUUCCAACACUUCCCCGGAGUUAUCGUUUAUACGCCGACGUACAUUCUAAACCAGAGCGAAGUGAUUAUCAUGUUCGACACUGGCGCAGGAGUGGAAGUGGUUGAAAACGAAGGAUUCAUGUCGGCUAGAGUUUAUCUACCUUGGACCUAUUUGAACAAAACCAAAGGGCUUUUCGGUAAAUGGAACAACGACAUGGCGGAUGACCUAAUAACCCCAGAGGGUCAAAUAAUAAGCGGGACCAAUCUGAAUCAUUUCGAAACUGUGCACAAAGAUUUCGCGUUGAAGUGGAUGCUAGAGGAUAAGGAGGACGAUUUAAAGGGUGGCACGUUGUUUACCAGAGAAUUCGGCAGGACUGCUAGUUACUUUGCGAAUAGAACUUUCGAGCCUGAAUGGCGGAAGAUGCCUGAAGAUAUUAUACCUACUAACAGAUCGUAUGACUUACAGCGAGCCCACGAUUUGUGCGGAGAUACGUAUCAAUGUCAAUACGACUACGCGAUGUCGCUGAAUAGGGAUUUAGCGCAUUUCACGAAAAAUUAUUACGAUACUUAUACACAGAUCAGGUAUAUCAACGAAGAUGAACCAGUGGUUUCGUGUGGUGUAUUGGAGACACCACGAUUCGGUCGCAAGAGCAACUUCUUCUUCACGCCUGGCACGAAGGUAACUUUCGAGUGUAACCAGGACUUCAUACUGGUGGGAGAUCAACGGAGGGUCUGCAUGCCUGACGGACGCUGGGACGUGCCGGAAUAUGGAUACACGGAAUGUCUGCGUCAGGUCGAGUAUGCUCAGCGUACGGCGUGGACUACAAUUGGUAUUGUUUGCGUCGUGGUAAUUACCGUAACCGCAUGUAUCGCAGGCGCCUUUUUCUGCGUGAGGAGGGGUAAUUCGAACGAGAGUUCAGUCAAAUCGUGGCGCUUUUCCGAGCGUAGCUCUGCUAUUGACAAUGAAACCGCGUUGUUGAGGCAUAGCACACCGUUGAAACCGUUCGACAGAGCGAUCUCGCCGGUUAGCGAUACUAGCACAACGACGAGCACUAGCAAAAAACGACAUAGCUAUGACAAAGUUUAUCGAACACACGAGCCCCUACCAGACAGACCGGAAGUCGAUUUCGAGGACAAAGAUUGGGACCUCAAAGAGCCCUAUUCCCCGACAGACUCCGAAAAAAGUACCUUAACGAACACCACCGAAUCGAUUAGGAAAGCUGGAAGCCCUACCAAAGAGAGCGACGUGUAAAGCUGUUCGUUUGGAAAAGGCAACUCGUAACGAAACGAACCAAUGAAUUGGAAGUCUUCGUUGACUAAACUUUUGAUUUGUGGUGCGGUUAAUGUUUUGGGAUGGUGUUUCGUGAAUCGAUUCGAGUAGACUUCCGUUUAGUAUAGCGUACGUUUUAGUUAUUGAAAACUGAUUAGUAGGGCAUUAUUGUUUUAGACUAAAGGUCGCUAAUAGAAAAAUGUCUUUUAAAAUCAGUUUCGAAUUAAAUUAAUAAUCAGGCUGAACGGAUACGCUUUAUGACUCACGGUGUAUACGUACUCUUCGAUUAAGAAACUUAUCAUUUGCACGUUCAAAUCAUUGGAGGCAUUUACCUUCCAUGACAAAUAUUUAUAAGCAUUUUCCUCUUCGAUUUUCGAAACUAUUCGCGUUCGGAUUGUCGCCGCAAUUUAGCGUUAAAUCGCGCGCGACGAAUAUAAUUGUAUAUCAUUUCCACAAAAGACGAGUCCGCGCGACUGGAAACGAACGAAAUAAUCGCAGAACACGAUUGUACAGGGUGGUCAUUUUUCAGCCAGUAGAAAUUUGCUUUUGUUUUUGCUGUGGAAUAGAAAUGUGUCGGUUCACUGUACGAUAUGUAUUGGACAUAUUGUUGUUGCAUCAAAAACGAGUUUUGUAUUUGUGAAAAAAAAAAUGUAAUGAAGAGCAUGUUUCGAACGGUGCUGAAACGAAGUUCAUUAUAGUAUGAUUGUAUAAAAUGCUUACUUAUUAUUGUAAGAACGCAGUUCAAUAAAUAUUUUUUUACACCUUUAAAUGCUCAGGAAAUUUCUAUUCCACAUGCAUUCGCCAACAUAUUCGAGCAAAUAUUUGAUACACUCGCUAGAGAUAUUUUAUUGGAAUGGAAAUUUCCACCAGUGUUAUUGUCAUCACUUUUAGUUACUCUUAUCCUUUCACCUUCAUCCUUUCCAUAGCCUUUUGCACUCGGAAGUUUUUCACCGGAAAUAUUUUAA